GGUAGCUCGAGUCCCCCCCGCGCCGUGCCGUUGCCAGGCGACGCGGCCCGCCCGCCUGCCGCCCGGGGCCUGCCCGCCGCCCGGGGCCUGCCGCCGAGAGGAAGGGCGAGGGACGGGACGGCGCUAGAAGAUAGCUCAACAUGAACUUUAACCAUCAAGAUCAUUUAAAAAGUGAACAGAACAAUAUUUUUCCUUCUGAGAGCUGUCAACAGGAUUCUGAGUUUCUCCUGCAGUGCUGUCCGGUUCACUGGCUUUUCUCAAAACAGGACAUGGAGCUGUGUUCCUUUCUUCACAUUAGGUGCUAAUGAAGUUAUUUGCUUCAUCAGAGGAAAUGCAGAUCCAUGAAAUUACAUUUUGUGCAAGUUGCUGUUAACUCUCUUGGCAAUGUCUAUGAUUUUAUCUGCCUCUGUGGUCCGUGUGAGGGAUGGACUCCCACUGUCUGCAUCUACUGAUUAUGACCAGAGCAUGGGAAUGCAAGAAUGUAGAAAAUAUUUUAAAAUGCUCUCAAAAAAACUUUCUCAGCUUCCUGACAGAUGUACUCUGAAAACUGGGCAGUAUAAUAUAAACUUUAUAAGUUCUCUGGGAGUAAGCUAUAUGAUGUUGUGCACUGAAAAUUAUCCCAGUGUUCUGGCUUUCUGCUUCCUGGAUGAGCUUCAGAAAGAGUUCAUCACUACCUACAAUAUGAUGAAGACAAAUACUGCUGUCAGACCGUACUGUUUUAUAGAGUUUGAUAAUUUCAUUCAGAGGACCAAACAGAGAUAUAACAACACACGUUCUUUGUCAACAAAGAUGAAUCUUGCUGACAUGCAGACAGAAAUCAAACUGAGACCACCUUAUCAAAUUUCCCUGUCAGAACUUGGUUCGGCUAAUGGGUUUGCACAUUUAUCUGUGGCAGAAUAUAAGGGUACUGGUAAGAUAUCUGCAGCUCCUCAUCAGCGUCUGGAACCUGUGACUCUGCCAGGGAUUGUCUCAUUUGUGCUUAGUUUGUUAUGUGGGGCUUUGAAUUUAAUUCGUGGCUUUCAUGCCAUAGAAAGUCUUCUCCAGAAUGAAGGUGAAGAUUUCAGCUAUGUAAUUGCAUUUUUUCUUGGAACAGCAGCGUGUUUGUACCAGUGUUACCUGUUUGUAUACUACACAGGCUGGAGGAAUGCGAAAUCCUUCCUGACUUUUGGGUUAAUUUGCCUGUGUAACAUGUAUCUGUAUGAACUGCGCAACCUGUGGCAGCUCUUCUUUCAUGUGACUGUGGGCGCAUUUUCUACCUUGCAAAUUCGACUGCGACAACCACAGGGAAAGUCCCCUGAUUACAAUGUCUGACAAGUCCUGGAACAUUUAGAGGCAGUCUUGUUCCAAUGGUUAUUCACUCUCAGGAAUGUAAAGCUGGUCUCCAAAAGAAGAAGCUGUCUGGAUGGGGCGUUUUAGUUUUUUUUUUUUUUUUAAAUAAAGUAAUGUAAGAUGCCUGUGGACAUUUUUCACUUGAUAGUUAAACUUUUUUUUUUUUUUUUUAAGAGGGACGCAAAAGAAUACGUGACUAGAGGAGGAAAAUGGAUCAUAUCCAUGCAGCAAAAUGUAUGUAGGGACACCAAGACUGGGGAAUUUGUCUGGUGGCAUAAAAAAGCUUCAUUUGAAAGUAUGUUAAUGGCAGGAUUGUACAGAGUAUGUCUUUUGCAUAUCAUGCAAGCUCUUCAUUUCCAAAAUCAAUUUUGCCUUUGUGAGGCAGUAGGGGAUAGGCUAAAUAAAUAAAAAAAAAAAUAAUAAUGCUAUUGCAUAUUAGCAAAUUAGAUUUGGAAUAUGUAAGAUAUUAAAUUUUGGAAUGUAUUGUUUCACAUUGACAUAUAUGUGAAUGUUUUCUUAAUUAAAAUGUAACCUGGAAACUGUUUCUGGGGCUCAGCUUUAUGGCACCUGUGGCCCUCUGUCUAGUGCUAUAAAUACUUUAACAUUUUUUCAUUUAUAAUUUCCUGUUAAUUGUCCUUUGAAAGUGAUCUAUGUGGACAGGGUUUCUUUUUAGUAAUUAUUCAAAAAGUUCUGCCACUUAACCCAGGAUUUUUGCACGCUUCCUCUGUUCGAACUCUGGAAAGGUUGAAAGGAAAUGGAUUGGUGAGUAAAUGGAGUGACUUGUACUUGUUGGACUAUUGUUCUUCUUUUUAUAUACUUUUAGAAAUGGAUGAAUAAUUAGCUCAAACCUGAGAUACAUGACUGGUGACAGGAAAAUAAUAAAUUAGUCUGAUUAGCUUAAACAAGAAAA